AUGAAUAAAAGUGAGAAGAAAUCCGAAGAAGUUGUCUCAAAGAAUAAUUUAAGUGAACAAGACAUUGCUGUUUCGGAUGAUAAACAACACCUUUAUGAUAUUUGUCAGAAGGCAUUUACACUAGAAUCAAUGCAUGAAGAUCGCAAAGAUUUUGAAUGCGACAAGUGCAAGAAGAAAUUCGGGUUACUAUGUAAUUUGAUCAGGCACCAAAAGACAGUCCACGAAAAUCACAAGGAUUACGAAUGUGACAAAUGCGAGAAAAAAUUUGGACAAAAAUGCUAUUUGCUUGACCACCAAAAAACGAUACACGAAGGUCGUAAAGAUUUCACAUGCGACAAGUGUGAACAGAAAUUUACACGAAAGAACACGCUGCUCACCCACCAAAAGGUAGUCCACGAAGGUCGGAAAGAUUACGCGUGCGACAAGUGCGAGAAAAAAUUUGGAAAAAAACAGCACCUGCUCAACCACCAAAAAACAGUCCACGAAGGUCAAAAAGAUUUUGCAUGUGACAAAUGCAAAAAGAAAUUUGGGCUUAAAAGCAAUCUCUUAAAACACCAAAGGACAAUCCACAAAAGUCGGAAAGAUUUCGCGUGCGACAGGUACGAGAGGACAUUUGAACAAAAAAUGUCAUUGAUAAGGCAUCAAAAAUUAGUUCACGAGGGUCGUAAGAGCCCUCAUCAAUUUCUCAUGUGACAAUUGCGAGAAGAAAUUUGUAAAAAAAUCGCAUUAGCUUAAACACCAAAAUAUAGUUCAUAAAGGUUGUACA